CACACAGUCAAGAUGCAGAGCUUUCUUGGAGUAGCACUCGUUCUGGCUCUUUUGAGCUUGGUGGCCAGUCAGGCGCGGAACAGCUCCCAGUCUAUGGAACUGUAUAUAAUCCAGAAUCAGCGGCAGUUCGAUGCGAAGAUCAAGCAGCUGGCAGAUGAAUUAGCCAACGUUAAGAAUCUAUUUCAAAAGCAACUGACUGCCAUAGACGUGCAGGCGGAUUCGAUGCAGCUUAAGCUGGAACAAGCCAUCGUCCACCUGGAUCCCAUUAUUCUGAUCGAUUCCUGGAGCAAACAGUGCGUUCAGAACUACAGCUCUUCUAUACCCACGAUCACCGUGGCCAGAGACUCCAUUAUUAAGUGCAAGGAGAGUAUUAGUGGCAUUUUUAAUGCGCCUGAUAACAACUACAACACCCUAAACAACUACUAUAAAAAUAACGUGAAGAAUGGCUUGGCGCAGUGCCUAAAACUGCAUCAUACUGCUCAGAUAAAUUACACGCUCUGUGUAAUCAAAGUGAUUGAUGAUGCCAAUAAGUACACUAUUAGCACACAGAACACCUUCCAUACCAACCUCAGGAGUUCCGAAUGCACGGCUGAUAUUCGCAUAAGAACCUCCUGGCAGUGCUCCUUUGGACAGGUGUACUCCAUUACCACCAAAGUGGAGCAGGCCCUGCAGCUCAUCUACUCCUGCAUUUCCAAUAAGAUAAUCUGCGGCUCAUUUGAAAGGCAAGACUGUCCGUAUAAGUCAUACGUAACUCUGGCGGAGAUCAAUCCUCUUAACGAUACCAUCCUGAAUCCCUUCAAGGGUGUGACCAAUGAUAUGAAAUGUCUGGAGUUCCAGAUCAAGCGAUAAAUUAACGCGAAAGAUGGAAGUCCUUUGAACAUUUAAAGAUAUUCAAUUCAAUUCAAUUG